AUGCCACCUAAUUCCAAAUGGCUAAUAAAUGGAACUAAGUACAUGUUAAAUUACCCCAAAUUAACCAUCCUAAUCCCCAUAACUUUAAUAUUUAUAAUUGCAUACGACAUUCUUUAUGAGUUCACCAUUCAUCCAUUAAAUAGUUUGAUCAGUAAUAAUCAUUAUCAACCUAUUCCUAAAAAUUAUACAUUUUUUGAAGAAAUUUCCCAAUUAUCACAAACUGAUCUAUCACAAUAUUAUGGAACUUUAAUCUUUAUUGAUCAUGAUAAAGAUGUAAUAAAUUCAGAGUUCCUUUCAAAUCUUUCAUCAGUUGUAAACAACCAAACUUAUGUAUUAUCACCAUUCACUGAUUGGGAUUUCGAUUAUACUUCAGCAUCCAAAGAUUUCUUAUUAUCCAAUAUAAAUUAUAAUGCCAAUUAUUUAUUAAAUUCAUUUUAUUUAAACAAUGUAACGUUACUUAAUCAUUUAAUCAUCAAAUCCAAUGAAAUCCAUUUUUAUAUUAUUCAUUCAUCACCUAUAAAUUCCUUAUUAGAGACUUUAGGUAAUCCUCGUCACAUAACCCAUGAAGAUAAUGUUAUAAUGAAAGAAUAUUUGGAUUAUUAUUUAUUAGUUCAUGGUUAUAAGUCUACAGUCAUGGAGAUAGGGUUAAGAAUAAUAACUAUCUUAAGUGUGAUAUAUUUCCUUUUCCAUUUUUAUCUCUCAAUAUCAAAUUUACAUAAAUUAAAAUCAAAUUUUGGGAUUUUAUUUGGUUGGAUGAUUGAAAUAGUAUUAAGUACUACAGCUUCUAUCAAGAUAAUUGAAAUCAUGUCACCUUAUGAAUAUUGGAAACAAAUUUUUGAACCCUCGACAUUUUUCACCAAAUCAGUUUUGGUUUUAACUAUUGCUAUAGUAAGUUCCAGAAAUGUUAUGAGAAUUAUCAUUGAUUUAACUUAUAAAAAUGAUUUUUUAACUGAAGAUUUCGAUAUUUCUGACUUGUCAAAUAAGAAUGUUAAAAUCGAUAAAACUGAAAUUUCAAAUUUAUCGAAAUUAUAUCGAUUUUAUAAUGGUUUAAGUAAUAAUCCCGAUCAAAAAUUCGAAAAAUUACAACUUUUCACCUUUCUUUUCCGAAAAUUGGGGAUAAAUUUUCAUAUAAAAUUACCAAAUACUACCAAGAUUCUUUUCCUUGAUAUUCUAAGUAUGUUUAUAAUGGAAAAAAUCGGGAAAUUCAUCAUAAUUUUGAAUUUUGAUGGGAAUUUUAAACAAUAUUUUGAUUUUAAAAUCAUGAAUUUCUUUAAAGCUAUGUUUAUAGCAUUAAUUAUCGAUCAUUUCUUACAAUUGACAUUUUUAGUAGGAAUUCUUUUGAUUGAUAAUCAUAGAAUUAAUCUCAGUAAAAUCUUGAAUGAUUCUUUACUUGAUCAAGAUUUGAAAGAAAUUAAUAUCUUUAGUUAUUGGCUUUUAAAAGAUAAACCUUUAAGGAAUUCUUGGAAAUACAAAUUAGGGACGAAUUUAACAUUUUUAGUUCAUCCAACUUCAUUGAUUUCCUGGAUAAUUAUCUUACCUAUCUUACAAUUUGUUAAUAUUUUAACGGUUUUCAUGAACUGGACUAUUUAUAUACCUUAUAAUUUAACUAAUAGUUCUAAUUUCAUUGAACCGUUAGUCAUAAAAGCUUCCAGUUUUGAUCUUUUCUAUUAUUUGGAGUUUAUGACAUUAUUGAUUUUGAUUCUUUGUUUCUCAUUCAUCAUAUUCAGCUUAUCGAAUUUCAAAAUCAAUGAAGUUAAUGAUACUGAUUUUGAGUUAAGUAAUAAGAAACUGUUCAAGUCAAUUGAUUUAAAGAGACAUAAUUUUGAUAUUAUUAAGUUGAAAUCAAACAAUACUUCCUUUUUAGUAAGUAUUGGAUUGGAUCAUAAGAUUUUUGUAUGGUCACCAUUACAAUUAUCACCACCACCAAAUAUUGCAUCAAAAAUUGAAGUUUCUGGUGGUUCAAGUGAAUUUUGGCCCAUAAAUCAUUUAAAUAUCAGUAAAGAUGGGGAAUUCAUUCUUUUGGUCAAUUAUAAAUUCAAGAUAAUCAAAUGUUUUGAAAGGAAAUCUCAAACUUUCAUAUGGUCAAUUACCUGUGAUGAUUUGACCGAAAAUAAGAUCCUUGAAUCCUUCUUCAGAGAAAAGACUUUACCGGGAUUUUUGAAAAUGAAAAUGUUGAAAAAUCGUCCUAGAAGAGGAAGUGAUGCUUCCUUAAGUGGUAAUUAUCCUCGUCCAUUGAAUGGAAUUGGAGAAAAUAAUGAACAAUUGAAAAAACUUGAAUUUGUCAUAGUUCUUCAAUCAGGUGAUAUUGUUACUUUGUCUUGUAAUGAUGGAACAAUCAAAAAGACUAAUUUAAUAGAGAAAACUUACGACGAACCUUUAAAGUUAAUUUCUGCUAAGAAAGUCAUUACCCCAAGAGUUAAUGAUAGAAUUGUUUGUCAAGUCGAUAAUAGAGAUUUAGUGGUAGCUGUGGUUGUUAAUAAUAAAUGGAAUUUCAUACCAUUAGAUACUACUGAUGAAUUAUAUAAUCAAGCUAGCCCUAUACCAUCAAAUAUGCCAACACCAAUGUCAUUAUCAAGAAGUUCUUCAUUCAAUUAUAAUUUUGAAAGUCAUGUAAUCAAAAAACCUACAAGUUUCAAUAAUUACUCUAAAUUUGAAAUCAACAAACCUUUGAUUGUUCCUUUAGAAUUCGUCGGGAUGAUUAUUAGAGUUCAAAACAUGGUAGCUGAAUUGAUCGAUAUUCAAAGUGGGGUUAUUAUGAAAAAGGUAACUAUUGGAAGAUUCAAACCUUCUAGUUUCAGAGUUUCACAUUCGGAACCUACACAUUGUAGAUUUUGUGGAUGUGCUUCAAUUCAAAGUUUAUCAAUAAUUUAUGAAGAUUUUGAUUCAAAGAUUCUUAUCAUUCAUACAUUGAAGAUUCAAAAUAACAGGUCCAAAACUAGUAUUUGUCUUAGAGUUGAAAGAGAUCCUAGAGAAAUCAGAUGUGUUGGGUUCAGUAAUGUUAUAGAAGAUCAAUUUUGGUUUGAAAAUAUCAAUGCAUGGGAAGUUACUGAUGUAAAUAUAAUUAUUGGUGUUAAACGUGAUUUACCUGAUUCAAUCCCUUCAGAUGAUGAAAAACUUGAACCCGAGUAUAAUACUUCGAAAUUAGUAUCAUUGAGAUCUUCUAAAAGAAUCAGAUCAAAGAAUUCUCCUUCUUCUUAUAAAUGGGAAGGUUUCAUCAUUACUUUAAACGAUGGAGAUAUGAAGAAAUAUGAUAUUCCAGGUAUUGAUGAAAAAUCUUGUUUAAGUGAUAAUGUAACUUGUAUUGAGAAAUUUGGUUUUAAAUCUGUAGCUAUAAGUUUUGGUAAUAUCAUCAAGAUUUUAUAUCUUGGUAAUGAUAAGUUGAUUGAAGAGAAUUUGUAUUUCAAUGAUUUGAAUAAUGCCAUUAAUAAUGAGUUGAUGUUUUUGAGUAAGAGGAGAAAGAAGUAG